GAACAGUGUGUGCCUGUGUGUUUGACCAUGCGUCAUGUUGUGUUCAUGCUGCCUCGGUGCCUCUGGGCAGUCCCAUGCUGUGACCCCCCGUGCUCCCUCACGAUUGCGACUGGGGGACAAACACACAGGAAUUGAGCUCAGAAAACAGAGUUGAGUCUUUGCCUCAGCCGGACUCUGCACAGCUGCACCGCUGAAAUGAGACUGUCUUUAAUUCUCGUGCUGCUCCAGUUGUGGGGCAACGUGGCAGUUUCUCCGUCACCCGCAUGUUCCAAGCUUCCAGAUGUUCCUCACGCCCUCUUGUCCGACGAUACCAGAAGAGCCGAGUACCAGCAAGGACACGUGAUACAUUUCAUAUGUGAAACUGGUUAUAUAUCAGGUCCAACCAUCAGAUAUAUGUGCACGAACACAGGCUGGAGGAUAAUUCAUCAGGGACGGUGUUACUUGAAGCCGUGUCAACUUCCUGAUGAAACUCCCAACGGCUAUUAUCAGAUUAUCCACGGCGAGGACUUGGUUUUCGGGACAACCAUCAAAUAUUUCUGUAAUGACGGGUAUCAAAUGAUGAGCAAGGAAGACACGCGGACCUGUUUCCUGGACAGAUGGACCAAUCACGUGCCAAUAUGUGAACCUAUGAGCUGUGACCCCCCUGCGGACGGAGAGGUCACGGUCACAGGUUUACCAGACAACCAGGAUCCCAUACUUCCUGACCGCUUCCUCACAUUCAGCUGCAACGUUCCCGGGAAACAUCUGAAAGGAAGCGCGAUGCUGAUAUGUGGGAAAGACGGACAGUGGAAUCAUCCGUUCCCCUAUUGUGAAGACAUCUCUUGUGAGGUCGGUGUGAUGCAUCCGAAUAUCACUCCUAAUGGAUUACCGUCAGGAAUUGGAAAUGUUAUGGUUGGACAUAAGUUAAACUUUGACUGUGCUGAUGGAUACGCUCUGGAAGGUUCUGAAGAAAUUCAGUGUUUAGAGACUGGGCAGUGGAACGCCCCCUUUCCAACUUGUUCUGAAAAAUGCAGAGUCCCAGAGAUCCCAUACUCCAUGGCCGUCAACAUAUAUCCAGGCAGUCAACUAAGACAAGGACAAAAGUUACGUUUUUCUUGCCGCAUGCGUGGUCAAAUUAUUCUGGGUAAAUCAGAAGUUGAGUGUUUGGCAAAUGGACGGUGGAGUGAUCCCAUUCCAACAUGUGGAGCUCCCCGGGGUUGUGAGCAACCACCGCCUCUUGAAGACGCAGUCAUCAAGAAUACUCUGAGGUUCAGGUACAGCCACAACGAAAAGGUUGAAUACACCUGUCAGAGGUACUACACCAUGCAGGGAGAACCCUUCAAAACAUGCAGCAACGGUGAAUGGACCGGAGACAUGAGAUGCCUCAGUAAGUCACAAUCCGCUCCACAUUUUCAACAGGUAGCGCUGGUUUUAAUUUCCAGUGCAGCGUAGCAAGUCUAUGGGAGA